AUGUCCACUCGGAGGACGAACGCGACAGAGGUGCGCGAAUCGAUCGAGGCCAGAACCGCCGGCACCGACGUCGAUAUGAAGGAUGCGAUGGACAACGAUGUCGAUGCCGAAGGUGAUCCCGAUGUCGAUAUGGACGCUGAGGGUGACGAGGACGCAGAAGGCGAGGUCGACGACGAGGGACGCCCUGAUAUGUAUCGGUUGAUUCAUAACCUGUCGACCUAUCUUUGCAGUGUCGAAGACGACGGGGAGCAACUUGCUGCUGGCUUCCAGCGCAUUCCCAAUCGACGAGCCUUACCCGACUACUUCGAAAUCAUUUCCGAACCUAUUGCUUUCAGCACUAUCCGUGGCAAAACUCAGAAGAAGCAAUACAAUUCGUUUGCUGAAUUCGUUCGAGAUGUGGCACAAAUUUGUCAUAACGCCCAGGUCUACAACCGCCCCUCUGCUCCUAUUUUCGGUGCCGCCGUUCGAUUGAGAGAGAUCCUUAUUCAGGAGCUCGGAAAGCUGGUGGAAAAAGGGCACAUCACUGCGAGUGAUGCGCAAUUACCUGAUCUGGGUGAGCUUCCACCCGCGGAAGAGUCGCCGCCAGCGGAAGAUGAAGACGACGACGAGGAAGACGAAGAGGAUGAAGAUGACGAUGAGGAUGAAGACGACGACGAUUCGGACGAUGAUGGUGGACGACGUCGGGGACGAAGACGACGUGCUUCUGGGCGCAAAGACCAAGACAAAGACUACGAAGAUGAUUCGCAUAAGCGAAGGGGGCGACCUCCAAGUGUGCUCACUCCUAAUGAAGCUCGCAUUGCUUCUCUUUUGAAGGGUUUGAGAAAGCCCAGGGAUGCUGGGGGGCAUCUUCUUGUGCAUCCCUUUGAGAGGUUGCCGGAUAAGGCGGCCGUUCCUGAUUACUAUACAACGAUACAGAAUCCCAUUGCCCUGGACAACAUCAAGAAGAAGGCGAAGCGGAAGAAGUACCAAAGUGUCGACCAUGCACUACAAGACCUCAACCUCAUGUUCGAGAAUGCCAAGCGGUAUAACGAGGAUGAUAGCGAAGUGUACAAAGCCGCUGCCGAACUCCAGAAGGAGGCCCAUCUCUUGGCGGAACAGGAGAAAGCCAAACCCGACGAUGACUUCCGAGACGAAGACGGCAAGCUGCCUCUAGCGGAAAUCCAUCACAAUGGGCAAACAUGGAAAGUUGGGGACUGGGUUCACAUUAAAAAUUCCAAUGACCUGGCAAAGCCUACCGUAGCCCAAAUUUAUCGAACUUGGCAAGAUCGUGCUGGUCACAGAUGGAUCAAUGCCUGCUGGUACUACCGACCAGAACAAACUGUACAUCGUUAUGAAAAGCAUUUCUAUGAACAUGAGGUGGUCAAAACUGGACAAUACCGCGAUCACCAGAUUGAAGAGGUCCUGGACCGCUGCUUUGUCAUGUUUGUGACACGCUUCAAUAAAGGUCGUCCCAGGGGAUUUCCUCCUGAUAAGGAGAUUUACGUGUGUGAAUCUCGUUAUAACGAAGAGAAGUUCACAUUCAACAAGAUCAAGACUUGGGCAAGCUGUGUGCCGGACGAGGUGCGCGACAAGGACUAUGAAAUGGACCUUUACGAUGUACCUCGGCGCAUGAAAAAGAUCCCAAGUCCAAUUAAACAUUUGCUUCGCGAGGAUGCAAAAGAAACAGAUGAACUGCCCAAACCAACAUGGGGAAGCCCAAAUGCUCCUCCGAUAGUUGGAGCGGUGCAUCGCCGUCCACGGGAAGUCAAUGAAUCACCUCCUCCAGAACCCACGCCUCCCCCACAAACUAUGUCGGCUGUUCCACUAGCUGAUGCUGGUGCUGAUGCUGGCAGGCGCGCGUCAAUGUUAUCAGUUCCUGGAGCUAUGCCUGGCGACCAUUCAGCUCGACAUCCCUCAAUUUCUUAUCCGGGGGGUCCGUCACCUUCGCCUGUCCCCUACAACGCUCAUAUGACGCCCCAUUUUCAACCAGUCACUCCAGGAGCCCAGCCCCCACAAGUUCAUCAGACGCCGGUUCCUAUCCCUCAUCCACCCCAUCUCGGUCCUCAACCUCAGGUUUCCGUGCGACCUGUGCAAUAUCAGCACCAGCCUCAACAUCAACAGGCAGGGUAUACACAAGGCUUCACUCCCAACUAUGGGCAGCCGGUGCCUCCCAUGCAUCAACAAUCCCCAAUGGGAAACCACAUGGCCCAGGCAUACAAUCAAGCAGCUGCCCAGCCUGUUGCGCGUAGCCCUAUGCCCCCUACACCAGGAAUACCAGUGCAAAGCGGUAAUGCGUACAAUCCACCGAGGCCCCCAGAAGUCUAUGCCCUCCCCGACAAUGUGAAUGAGGCUCUACCGAAGGAGGUCCGAGAGACGUUCCAGAGUGACAGCAAUGGACGAGUUCUCUUCUUCACUGCUCCACCUCUCGAGAGGCCUCACAAAGGAAUUUCUCAUGAGAGCGCAGGACUUGGUCAUAGUGCCAGGUAUCUUGCAGGUUUGGCAGAAUGGAGAGCAGAGAGAGAAAAGAAGAGAAAGGAGCGCGACGAGAGGAACGCUGAAGCUUCGCGGAAGAAAGUCGAAAAGGACGUUGCCGAUGCGCAAGCAGUCGAGAAGGAGAUCGUUGCUCAGGCUAGUGAGGCCAUGGCUAGGUGGCUUGUACAGCAUGACAGCGACACUCACAAGUGGACAAAGGAGGCUGGCCUUGAAGGCUGGCACGAAGCGACAAAAGUCAACAAAGAAAAGGAAAACCGUCCUACGGCAAACUAG